UCCACCCAGCUGUCAGUCGGUCGAGUUCUGUCAAAUCGAGCAACACUUUUCCGUGGUGGCUGGACGUUCGUUCCGGCACUUUAUUAAUCGGACCAUGGCAGCAUUUAUAAGGAAUCAAUUGUGCAGCAGCGCGAUCCAACAGAUUACCAUCAAAACCGAUGCCCUCACGACGGUGGUUCGCCACUACGCCAGCGCGAACCGGGUCAAGCCGUUCAAAAAGGUCACCAUCUCGGACCGGGCUCGCAAUGAGGCCAAGGCUGCCCAAAUGAGGGACCACCCGGAGGAUGACGGCGCAGUCAUCGUGGCCGGCAAGCGGCUCGAAUCCGUCCGUCAAUCGCUGGCCUCCAGGGGGUAUUUGAGAUCUAGCAAACAGUACGCCCCACCGGAGGAUGUCCUGUCUAAGAUCAGGGAGUUGGCAAAAUCAGCCAACAUUUCUGAUUCCAACAAAAAGUUUGCCGACAAUCAGCAAAAGUUUGACUUUUUGGCGGCCUGUUUCACCACGUUCAAACAUUCGGUGCCCAACUCGUGCCUGCACGACAUUGAAUGCGUUGAGGACGCUCUAGCCUUCUACCAAACUCCAGUCAGCACGAUCACCCCGCUGGAGUCGCUCAAAUCGGUGGACCUGCCCGAAAAUCUGCACAUCCAACACGAGUACGUUCGGUUCCACCCGGAGACGGACACCAUGUUCGGAGGAAAGUCGGCCUUCCCGAAGAGUUCGACCGUCGUGACGGGGCUCAAGUACAAGGACAAGUACCGUGGCCACGAGGCGAAAAAGUCGUGGCCUUGAUUGCCAAGGGUUGUGUCAUCGAGUUAGAGAAUAAACGGAUUUGCUGAGUUGUAGGAUA